ACAGAGCGUUUAGUCGGAGCAUACUUUCCUUUGUUCUUCUUCACCGCCAGCGUGUUCCUCUGUUCCUCUCCGUCAGCCUACCUCUCUUUCCCUCGCCGUUGGUCUUCUUUGCGCGCCGUCGGCCUGUGUCCUUCCUCGCCGUGGCGUCUCCGCUGCUGGGAGAGUUGGUGUCAUCGGAUUUUUUGCCCUGUCACUGUUCUUUGUUCCUUCUCGGUCCUGUGUCAGCGUGUGGUGCGUGUGUGGGUGCUUGCUCUCCAUCUCUUCUUCCUCUUCUGUUGCUGGCCGUCGAGGGGUGUGUGUAUGAAAUACGACGAACAGUUGGGGGUAUUUUCGGGUAACAAAAUACGGAAGUCAUUAAUUUGGACGUAUUCCUUUCGUUCCUUUUGGUCAAAAUUUGGACCGAUUCCACAUUAAUUAUAUAUCAUUUAAGAGGAACAAUUAAUGCCGCAACCAAAGUGUUGAUCAAUAAGCAACUGUUAUUCCAUUAUUUGGAGCUUCAUUAAUUUCCCAUGGAGGAUCCAGAUAUAAUCUCAUCAUCGAAACCGAUUCAUGUGUACAUAAGUUUUCGAGGCGAUGACAGCGACACUAGCAGAUUCGUCCGUGACCUUUCUGCUGCUCUUCAAAGAAAAGGUUUAAUAACCUUCGGAGAUGAUAAGAAGCUUGAAGCGAUCAGAGACUCCAAUAAUAUUCCACCUCACCUUCUUCAAGCAAUUAAACAAGCCUGGAUUCGUAUUGUUGUUUUCUCCAAAAACUAUGCUUCUUCACUGUGGUGUUUGGAGGAACUCUCAAGUGUUGUUCCCCGAAGACAUGCUCACAUGUCAAUGCCAGCACCAGCUUUUCAUGUUGAUCCAUUCUUUGCUGAACUUGAAAAAAAAAAACUGGUUUGAAGCAUAUUUAGACAAGGUGAACACAUGGAGGCUGGCUAUGAAUCAGGAGGCUCAUCGCUCUGGUCGCUUUUACGUUCCAUACAGGUUUAUAUCAGUUUUUUAUGAUGUGGAUCCAGAAACCUUUGCUCAACAAGAAGAAACUAACACAUAUGGAGAUUUAGACAAGGUACGAAGAUGGAGGCGGGAUAUGAAAGAAGUGGCCAGAAUUGGCUUGGAUGUACGAAAUUUCUCAAAGUCACAGGUAAUUCAGAAAAUUGUCACGGAGGCCAAGACAAAAAUAGAUAAAAUAUUUUAUGGCUUUUUCAGUUUUGUUGGAAUGCAAUCUCGAGUUGAACAAGUUGAAAAGCUUUUGGAUUUGGGUUCGGAUGAUAUAGUUCGAGUUGUAGGAAUUUGUGGAAUGAGUGGAUUAGGGAAGUCUUCUAUUGCUACAGUUCUAUAUCUUAAGAUCUUUCACAAUUUUGAUGCUUUUAGUUUCCUUCCCAAUGUAAGUAGACGUUUGAAGCAUGGUGAUCUAUCUCUGCAAGAGCUUCUUUGUAGAAAUUUGGAGACAGAAAAUCCAGGGAUAAGAGAUAUUCUAGAAGAAGGGUUCUUAACAUGCGAAAGCUUAAGAAAUCAAAAGAUUCUCAUGGUUCUUGAUGGUGUUGAUCUUGUAAAUGAUAUUGAAGAACUAAACUUGGAUGAGAAAUCUGAUCAUUUUGGUCGAGGGAGUAGAAUCAUUAUAACAACUAGAGACGAACAAGUCCUUGAAAUGUCUAAGGUUGAUGCUAUUUACAGACCAGAAUUGUUGACUAAGGAUGAAGCUUCUCAACUAUUUCACUCGAAAGCUUUUACAAGGGAUUAUCCUAUCAAGAGUGAUUUUUUAAAGAUGACUAAUAGGGCACUAGAAUAUGCUGAUGGCCUUCCAUUAGCAGUUGAAAUGUUAGGCUCAUGCUUGCAUGGGUUAAGCGUUGCAGAAUGGAGAAAUUUCUUGGAUAGAGAACAAAUUAUUCCUCCUUAUGAGAUAAUGAUGGUGCUCAGAAAAUGUUUUGAUGAACUUGAUAACAUGACUAAGGAAAUGUUUUUGGAUAUUGCAUGUUUUUUUAUAGGGAAGGACAUAGAUUGUGUACGUGAAAUUUUGCAUGAUUGUGGUUUUUCUGCCGAGAUAGGAAUCAAACUUCUUAUUGAAAAAUCACUUGUGACUAUUUCAAAUCAAAGAAUACAAAUGCAUAGUAUGUUGCAAGCAAUGGGACGAGAAAUUGUUCACCAAGAAUGCCCUCGUCAACCAGAAAAACAAAGCAGAUUGUACCUGUUCUACCAUAUCAAAUAUGUUCUCGAGAUCAUAGCAACAAACAGAGCUAUUGAAGAAGUUGAAGCUAUAGUUCUGGAUUUGGAACAGCCAGAAGUGGAUUUGGAAGAGCCAGAAACAACUACAUUAUGGAUUGAAAUUUAUCACAUUUGAGCAACCUUAGAUUGCUCAUAUUUCGGAAUGUGAAAUUUUCUGGAACAUUGAAUGACCUUCCAAGCAAGUUACAAUAUAUUUCGUGGCAUGAAUAUCCUUUCACAAGGCUGCCAAGUUUUCAAUCUGAUGCGCUUGUUCAAUUGAUUAUGCCCAAUAGCAACCUCACAGAAGCAUGGAAGGGCAAAAUGGUGAUGUUAAUGUUCUUUCAUUUGUUCUUUUUCACUAUUGCACAACAAAAAAAGGGGGGCAACUAUUCAAAUCAACGAUUAAUAUUGGCACUUGUUACUUGUUGAAUAUCUUUAGUUCAUGUUCUUACAAUUAUAUAUAUAUAUAUAUAUCAUAUUGUUUUUCUCAUUGGCAGAUGCUCCCUAACUUGAGAAAAAUGAAUCUCUAUGGCUCCAAAACUUUGAUCAAGACACCAGAUUUUGCAGGAGUUCCAAAUCUUGAAAGACUCAACCUUGAAGGUUGUACUGGAUUAUUGAAAUUGGAUCCAUCUAUUGCCGAACUUUCAAUGCUCAAGUUCUUGAAUUUGAGAAAUUGCAUCAAUCUUUUUAGUAUUCCCAAUCGCUUAUUUGCUCUAAACUCAUUGGAAAUUCUAAAUCUAGCCGGCUGCUCAGAACUUGCGCAUUAUUUGAAUUUUUCUCCUUUGAAGAGCUUGACAGAAGUGAAACUGCUUAGCGUUUGGUCUAAUCCAUUCUUAGAGAACUUCCUGUAUUUUCUUUUGUUUGUUUUAGCAGAAAAAUGUUGUUAGCAAUUGUUGUUUUCUUAUUUACUUGAUGAGUAUUUGUGAGGUUUAACAUUCAUGAAGUUUAGGUAAUAAAGGCUAAGAUUGAAGGUUCUAUUUUUCUUUUAUUUGUAUUUGGUAUAUUUAAGA